AUGCAAAAGCUCAAGUCCGCUCUUCGCCGAAGAAGGGAGUCUGGUUCCACCGACCUUUCGGAAGGGACGCAUCAUUAUGGCGAGACAGGCUCACCUCGUCGUCCGCGCCGCAUGUCGGUUCACUCCAAACCUGCUCCACAGGCUGCCGGCCGCAGCCGACCUCUGAGCUCGGCAGACGAUUCACGUCGCUUGGGCAACCCACUAGCAGCAGCAGCACCCGGAGCGUCGCAUGCGCCCAGAUUACAGCCAACUGGUCUCAACCAUGCUGAGGCCAGUUCCCAAGAGGCUAUUCCAGGGCCUAUGGCGAAGGACUACAAUACCUACAUUGCCGCACUUUCUCCCAAAUCCGGCAACGAAAGCGAAUACCAAACGACGCGAGGUAAUGACAGGCGUGCAGUAAGCGGACAGAACCAAAGACAGCAUGAAGAUGACCUGGCCGAUCGGAACACCUACCGGCAGAGAGCAUCGAUGGACGCUGCCACCAGAAAACCAUUACCAGCACUACCUCUAAACACCUCUAACUUGAUUUUAGACUCCGUAACUUCAAAACCAGCCCCAUUGCAAACAUUGCCAAACAAAGGCAAAACUGUCGGAUCUGCAGUCAGUGCAGCGCCGUCCAGCACGCCGGCAGGAGACUAUGUCGUUAGCCGUGACGUAGCGACGAACGGGGGACGCGUUGACGGUAUUUUGCUCCGCACAGAUGGUUUAGACCACGACAAAAGUCAUUACAGACGGUCGGAUUGGCCGUUGCAGCCUUCGCAUGAUGAAGGCGCAGAUUUCCAACCAGCCAUUGUGGACGGGCACCAUGAAAGCGAAGAGCAGAGACAGCUGCGUCUUAAGGGUGUUGUGGAUCUUAGGAACACGAUAGAUACGGACGCAGACGUCCAUUGGACUCCAGCUGUCACACACGAACUCAUCAAACCCCACAAGCACGAAGUUAUCCAACACAAGAUUUAUCGCGAAAUCCACAACUACGAAAUGUACCACCGCAUCCAGCCUGUUAUUCACACCGAAGUCCUGCCACCAAGGCAUUGGAUACCAAACCCGAACGGUGAAGGUCUCAUAGAGAUUUCUGCAGAAGAAUUGCCUGCACGCACUGGCGACAACAGAUGGUGGUCAAUAGUGCAGCACGAACCCGCGCCCAUCACAUACGAACGAGAGUGGCGAACUCAGCCACAAAUUAUUAAAGGCAAAUCAACCAUGACCGCUGAAGGUUUCAAGCGCAAAGAAACAACAAUCUUGCACCCACCGACACUGGCGAGCUUGUCUGGCUAUGAUGGACUAGUGCAGCCGGUACACUUCGACCACAAGACAGGAGAGCGAUGGUGGGGUGAGAUCACGACGAUGGAUAUGGUAGAGGAGCAAUCCAGUCGUCCACCCCAUUCGGAGACGCCCCUUGAUGUCGAUGGGCUCGCGCAGGCUUUACCCAAAGUGCCUUCCAGCCCAUCGCAGAAGCGCAAACCAAUUCCUGCCAACAGCGCAAGUGGGGUGUAUUAA